CUUAGCCGCUUAUGUUUGUUUUUUGACUUUUUUAGUACUGUCUGUCUGUUCCUGUUCAAAACAGUGCACUUAAAAUCUAAUUUCCUUUACUUAAAUUUGAGAGUGCUCCUCUGAUUCCGUGGCUUCCUCGAGUAAGUGUGAGAUGGGUUUUAACUUUUAACGACGGCAUGGCCCAAGCGGAUUUUUCCGCCGGUUGCCAUUCUACAACUAACCCCGUUCCAGUGGAGGACAUCGCGCAUGACGGACGGUGGUUAAGUCAACAUAACAGAUUCCUCAAAGAGAGUCAGAUGAAAGCAGAGGAGACAAACGUGCUUUUUAUUGGCGACAGCAUUAUACAGCGGCUACAGGAUUCUGACAUUUGGAGAGAGUUACUCCACCCAUUGCAGGCAGUGAAUUUCGGAAUCGGUGGUGAUACAACACAGAAUCUUCUUUGGCGAAUAGCUGACGGUGUCGUCGACCAUCUCGAUCCAAAAGUAAUAGUAGUGCACAUCGGAACCAAUAAUUUUCUGAAUACCGCGGAUGAAGUACAAGAGGGAAUUUUGGAAGUGGUAAGACUUCUUCAUGAGAAGAAGCCGCGUGCAAGGAUAGUGCUAAUUGAAUUAUUUCCCCGUGGGGAAAAGCCAAACCAACAGCGCGAGAAGCAUAUUACCGUCAACAAGAUGUUGCAUCAGGCACUUAAGGAUCACCGUCAUGUCCGCGUCGUUGACCUGGAUCCCGGAUUCGUUGCGACGGAUGGGCUCAUCCACUUUCACGAUAUGCAUGAUUAUUUGCAUUUGACAAAUAAUGCUUAUAAGAAAGCAUUUGAGCCUCUCUACAGCAUUCUCGUAUCCCUAAUCGGUGAAGUGGAGUGGGAAUGGGAAAUACAGCGGCGAAACUCAGUUGAUCCACAUUCGUAAUAAUGAACGGUAAAUUAGCGAUUUUUUUAGGCUUCAGGGUGGAGUCAUAAUAAUCUUAAAUGCCAAUAUGGGCAGUUCUAAUUGUGUGACUGUGAUGGACUUAUUUCAGACUUUUCAGUCGUGUUGUUCUUGUUGUGAAUUAUUGGCUCUUGCAACGUGUUAUCUCUUAUUGUACACUGCAGUGCUGGCCUACCGGCGUCUUAUAGAUGCAAUAUUGUUUGUUAACCUGGUUUGUUUAGGGUUGAUUUAGAUUGUUUAAGUGUGAAAGUUCCUGUUUUGCAGCGCACAGAAAUCCUUUUCCGCCAUAUAGAUAAUACGACUAAUGAUGUAGUGAAAUGUCGUGACCCGUGUUCUGUGUAAUACGCGCA